AGGUGGGGAAGGAAACUGGGUGAUGGAAUGCUGAUCAGGAAUACUGCAGACUGCAACACUUUGUUGCUGACCCCACGUGUGCAUUUGUACCAAGGAAACAUUGCAGAGGAAUCCACACAAAAUUCAUUCAGGGACCAGCGUCACCGUGAUGCAAACAGGAAACAUCACGUUGGUGAACAGGUUCCUACUCACAGGGCUAACAGACCUUCCUCAGGUGGAAAUUGCCCUCUUUGUGAUCUUCUGUGCUGUCUAUGCCACCACUCUGGUGGGGAAUCUGGGCAUGAUUCUCUUAAUCAGGUCCACCUCACAACUUCACACCCCCAUGUACUUCUUACUUGGCAACCUGUCUUUCUUGGACAUCUGUUACUCCUCAUCUGUCACCCCAAAGUUCCUAACCAAUCUCUUAAAAGUUAAAAAAGAAAUUUCUUUUGCUGGUUGUUUUACUCAGCUUUUCUUUUAUGCUGCAUUUGGCACCACUGAGGGUUACCUGCUGGCAGUGAUGGCCUAUGACCGCUAUGUGGCUAUCUGCAACCCACUGCUCUACUUAAUCACCAUGUCCCAAAGAAAGUGUAUGCAGCUAGUAGGUCUUUCCUAUGCAGCUGGGACAGUAAAUGCUUUGGUGCACACUGUUGCUGCAUCAAGGCUAUCGUUUUGUGGAGCAAACAUCAUUAAUAAUUUUUACUGUGAAAUUCCUCCCAUACUGGAGCUGGCCUGCUCAGACAUCAAUAUCAAUGAAAUUUUGCUCUCGGUAAACAUCACACUGGUGGACAGCUUCAUACUCACAGGGCUAACAGACCUUCCUCAGGUGGAAAUUGCCCUCUUUGUGAUCUUCUGUGCUGUCUAUGCCACCACUCUGGUGGGGAAUUUGGGCAUGGUUCUCAUAAUCAGGUCCAGCCCACAAUUGCAAACCCCCAUGUACUUCUUACUUGGCAACCUGUCUUUCUUGGACAUCUGUUACUCCUCAUCCGUCACCCCAAAGUUCCUAAGCAAUCUCUUAAAGGAGAAGAAAGUAAUUUCUUUUGCUGAUUGUUUUACUCAGCUUUUCUUUUAUGGUGCAUUUGCCACCACAGAGUGUUACCUGCUGGCAGUGAUGGCCUAUGACCGCUACGUGGCUAUCUGCAACCCACUGCUCUACUUAAUCACCAUGUCCCAAAGAAAGUGCAUUGAGCUAGUUGCUCUUUCCUAUGUGGCAGGGACAGUAAAUGCUUUGGUGCACACUAUUGCUGCAUCAAGGCUAUCCUUUUGUGGUCCAAACAUCAUUCAUAAUUUUUACUGUGAAGUUCCUCCCAUUCUGCAGCUGUCCUGCUCAGACAUUAGUCUCAAUGAAAUUUUGAUGUUCAUCUUUGUUGGGUUCAAUAUUAUAGCAACCACUUCGACUAUUCUCUCCUCUUACACUUAUGUUCUGGUCACUAUUUUAAAGACCCACUGUGCUAGGAGCCGAAGAAAAGCCUUUUCCACCUGCACAUCUCACCUCAUGGUUGUCACCAUUUUUUAUGGAUUUGGUAGCCUCAUGUAUGGAAGACCCAGUUCUAGGCAGAACCACCACCUUGACAAAAUAGCCUCUGUGUUCUAUGUAGUGGUGACUCCCAUGCUGAACCCUUUGAUCUACAGUCUGAGGAACCAAGAGGUCAGAAGUGCCUUCCGAAAAACGUUGGGAAGGAAAAUUGUGUUUUACCAAAGGUUUUUUAUAAAAUAGAUGGUGGCCCCUACUUCCAGGACUUUUGCUUUCCUUACAACAUCUCUACAUGUUGUAAUUUAAGAAAGGGACGGGCAAGAACUUUGGGCCAGGUUGUUUGACUCAUUUAUCUUUCUGUGGCCCUAAUGUUAUUGGUCAUUUUAACUUGGAAGGUACGCCACUCUUACAACUUUCCUGUUCCUGUAAAAGUGUCAAUAAGUGUGUUGGGUUUGCAUUUGUUCGCUUAAACCCGAUAAGCACCCAUUUGACAGCCCUUACCUCUUAUGCUUCUCCCAUUAUCACUAUUUUGAGAAUCCGCUCAGCUGAGAGGAAAGGCAGAAAGCCUUCUCCACCUGCUCCUCUCACCUGCUGGCUGUCAUCAUCCUUUAUGGCAGCUCGAACCUUAUGUAUCUCCAACUUAAUACAUCAACAAAGGGAAACAAAGUGGCCUCUCUGAUGUAUGCUGUGGUAAUCCCCAUGCUAAACUUUCUCAUCUACAGCUUGAGGAAUAAGGAAGUGAAGAUUGCUUUGAGACGUGUAUUUCCUAAAGAUGUCAAUGAUUCGUAUUUAGAUAAAACUUUGUUUAUGGACUGCUGUGUGAUUGCCGCUGUGUAGCUGGCUGAUGUUUGACUGGAACACUAACAUGUGAGGGGAGGUCACGGUGGAAGCACAUCACAGUGAGUCAGAAGCAAGGCCAUGAACAGAUAUUUCCAGGACUACAUUCCAAUAUAACAUGUUCCAUAACCACCUCAUCUGAAAGAACCAAGAGCAGAGUUUAGCAUCUGCUCAGUGAAACCUACAAGACUCAAGGGGCAUCUUCUUUGAGGAACAGAACAGCCAAGAAACUGUAGGGCUUGCUAAACCUCCUGCUGUGUAAAUCUAAGUGGUGUGCAAGGACUACUUUAUUGUGUUUUCAUAAUAGCCCCCAAAGAUCUGUUGAGAAGUCAGAUUGUCCCCAUGUGAGCUCAGUCCCUCUGCCCUGUUCCCAACCACAGGGUUUUAAGCAGCAAUUAAACAUGCAGUCAAGGUAGAAGGAGACACAUAUAGGCAACCUGUGAUAGCUCCUCCUGUUCCUCAUCGUCACCAUCUUACACCCCCGGAUUGUUUUGAGGUAGGCCUGUGCUGCCUCAGGAUGAUCUUACAAUGCUGCAGCUAUGGGACGACGACGAUGACGAUUGAU